UUUUUUAAAGUGCUUUAGAUGCUUUAGGAAGCAUUUAUAACUUUCUAAAUUAAAUGUGUUGUUUUCAUUUAUUUAUUCAGGUUAGACCAAAACCUUUGUUGCUGAAGUUGUUGAAGUUUGCUGGGGCAGAAAAGGAUACUUUUACUAUGAAGGAGGUAAUGUUCUAUCUUGGCCAAUAUAUUAUGACCAAACAAUUGUAUGAUGAAAGAGAGCAGCAUAUUGUCCACUGUGAAAACGAUCAUCUUGGGGAUCUCUUUGGAGUACCAAGCUUUUCAGUAAAAGAGCACAGGAAAGUAUAUUCAAUGAUUUCCAGAAACUUGGUAGCUGUCAGUCCACAAGAAUCUACAGCUUCUUACGCAUCGGAGACUGAUGCCAGCUCUGCUCUUGAAAAAGGAAAUGUUCUAAAGGAAGGCAUGCAGGACUUAGAAGAGAAACAGACCUCCACGUAUUCGAGUGUUAGACCCACUACCUCUUCUAGAAGAACCCGCAGUGAAUCUGAAGAUGAUUCCUCGGAUGAAUGGCCUAGUGAAAGAAGAAAACGGCACAAGUCAGACAGCAUUUCGCUGACUUUUGAUGAAAGCCUGUCAUGGUGUGUAGUAAGUGGGCUAUGCAGAGAAAGAAGCAACAGCAGCGAUUCAACAGACUCUCCUUCAAUUCCUGAUCUUGAUGCUCGUUCAGUAAGUGAAAACUCUGAUUGGCUUGAUCAUAGUUCUGUCUCGGACCAAUUCAGUGUUGAGUUUGAAGUAGAGUCUAUUUAUUCAGAAGAUUAUAGCCACAAUGAAGAAGGACAGGAGCUCACAGACGAAGAUGAUGAGGUGUAUCAAGUAACUAUAUAUCAGACUGAAGAGAGUGAUGCCGAUUCAUUUGAUGAAGAUCCUGAAAUUUCACUAGCUGAUUAUUGGAAGUGCCCUAAGUGUAGUGAAAUGAACCCACCUCUCCCACGGCAUUGUCACAGAUGCUGGGCUCUUCGUGAGGACUGGCUUCCUGAUGAAAAGAACCUCAUAUUGGAAAAGAGCGAAUUAAAAAGUUCCACUCAGCUUGAACCUGAAGAAGGUUUUGAUGUUCCAGACUGUAAGAAGGUGAAGAUGGAUGAAGGCAAAGGGCCAGAUGUUGAAGAAAGUGAUGACACUGCAGUACAAGCCUCUGAAUCUCAGGAAAGCGAGUACUCUCAGCCAUCUACAUCUAGCAAUAUCUUCUGUAGCAGUCAAGAGGACAAAGAGUCACAAGAGAAAGAGGAGAAUACAGAAUCCACUCUACCUAUUACCAGCAUAGAGCCCUGUGUUAUAUGUCAAAGUAGACCAAAAAAUGGCUGCAUAGUACAUGGUAAGACGGGGCAUCUCAUGUCAUGUUUUACAUGUGCACGGAAACUAAAAAAGCGGAAUAAGCCCUGUCCUGUCUGUAGGCAGCCAAUUGAAAUGAUUGUGUUAACUUAUUUUGGUUAGGAGGAUGUUGAACAGAACAAGUGCAGUAAAGCAAAAACAUUGCAAGGUUUCAUGGACUAAAACUUAUGAUUUUAAAAAAGCCACAAACUAUUUUUGUAUGUUUGAAGACUUAUUUUGGAGGUUUGAGCCUGACACACAUAAUAUUUGCACUGGGUUUAUAGCUGAAUGCCUUCUACUUUUAGUCAUUUUGGAGGUUCUCUAAAAUGGAAAUAAGUUUGUUUCAAGAUUUGGAGCAAGAUUUUCUACCAAGAGUCACAUCUCAUAUGCAAAUAGUAAUGACACUUGUGUAAGUGGGUGACAUGCAUGUUGUAAAAACAGAAAUUCAAGGCUUGUCAGAAGAGACUUCUUGUAGAAGUUUGUAUUCUUGGAAGUCCUACUUCUGUUUAAUCACUCUAUAUAACAUUUGUAAAGAAAUGGGAAAGUAAAAGCAAUAAAUUCUAGUGUAUUUCUUAGCGAAGACGUAAUAGAAGCUUAGAACUCCAGAGAAAUAACUUUUUGGAAAAAUAACGGUUUGACUCGUUCAUCCUUAAAAUGUAAAUUGAUAUGGAUAGGUAGAUUAAGGGGAAGUACUUCUGCUGACUUGAAGUAACCUCAAAAAUAUGAAAAUUAAUAAAGGAUUUCUAAUAGUCAUCUGUUUCAAUUAAAAAAAAAGGAAUGGAAAGGAGUGAGUUUGGGAUGCGGGGGCCGUUAUCUUUACAAAAACAAAGCUACAUUUUAGUCACUAUAUAACUUGUGGUUUUGACACCAUCCAUUGUUGAAAAUAGUACAUUUCUUGAGCCUAACUUCAAAGUUAGUUUUUCUAAUGAGCAUAACUAAAAUGCAUUCAUUAGAGUGCUAAUGAGCCUAACUUCAAAGUCAGCCAAAUCAAAAUAGGAGUUAAGGUUUUUAAAGGCAUAAGCGUUUUUAAAGUCAGUAAUUUUCCUGUUGUUUAUGCCUAUGCUGUAAGGUGGUUGUAUUUUUCUUGGCUUAUUUCUGAUAAUUGAAGGGUUUUGAGGUACUAGACCAGCCAGUUACUUACUGAAGUAAGAUUUUAAAAACCAUUUUGUUAUGACAUUAUAGGGAAAAUUGUAAUGUGUUUAAAACAGAGUUACAAUUUUUUAACUCUUACAAUCUUGUUAGUUACAAUUUAAAAAAAAAAAAUCAGUAUACUUUACCAAAAAGGGAGAAAUAAAACUAACUACACCUUAUGAAAUAUCUAGGAAGCAUUGCAUAAUUUCUGUAGGAUAUUUACAAACUGAACUUGUUGCAUAUUUUUGUGGUGAAUUCCUAGAGGUAGCAAAAGUGCUACUAAAUCAUAUACUAAACGAUUUUUAUGCAAUGAAGUAAUUCGGUUUGCUUUGAAUAAGCUACUUCUGUAUAAUAUCCUUAUUGGGAGUUUAUUCUUUCUAUUGCCUGAUGUGGUGCUCCUGAAGAAAGUAAGAUUAGAAGAGCAGAUUUUUGGGGUCUAUCUAACUUUGAGAGGCAGUGUUCCCAUAUAGUCCACCAAAUAAAGAAUGGUGAAAAUAUAAAUGUUUUUGACUUCAGAUACUGAGAUCUUCUGUGAUUACAAAGAUUGUAUUGCUUGCUUGUACUACAGCUGUCUUAGCUUGGAAGCUCCAAAACUGGUCUAAAAAUGCGUGUUCAUUAUAAAUUAUUCUUGUAUGGGAAGGGGGUGUCACUGUAGAUACUAUUUAGGU